GCGGGGCAACCCUUCCGGAGCAACCAAUCAGAAUCCCCUAGCAACGCCGUGCCCUCCCUCUAUGCCCCAGCGCCCAGCCUCCAUAAGCACCGCCCAUUUAAGUUCUGCGCGCUCCUGAGGCGCGCCCUCGUGGAAUCGGCACCGGGACCCUGUGGGCGUUCGGGCACGCAGCUAGUCUGCCUGAUCUCCUCCGUGCACCGCCCCACAGGCGCGGGCGAUGGUCCGCACUGCUCGCGCUCAGUAAGUGGAGGUGCAGUGAAUUUCUACUGAUAGCCAAAGGAAACAGCCCAGAAACUUGGUCUUUAACCGCUAAAAACGGUAGUGAAGAGGCUGGAUGGGAAUUCAGCCCUUGAAAGGUUAGGAGUCUGUCCCCUCCAUCUGACGUCCAUUCACUUCCCAAAUUCAUUCACUCAUUCAAUUAUUUAUUGAACAUAUGCUGGUGCCAAAUGCUAUUUCUGAAUGCCUUGGCCCUGAUGGUAGUCAUAACCUUCCCCUAACGGGAUAGUACCGUCUCUUCACAACCCAGGUAACGGCAAGCAUACUUUGUGCCACGAUCCAAUCAAUGCUCAGUACGCUCUUCCUUCUUUUUCCCUCAGCCUUCAUAUGUAAUUCUCCACACAUCCUGUGCUCUCUACCUUCGAACUUCACCCCUCAUCACACUGCAAGCAUGGGCUCAUCACAUACUGUCUGCCUGGUUCACAGAAGUCCCUCAACGACCUUCUGCUUCCAUCUAAGGAGACUUUCUCCACAGCAGACAAGGCAAACCUUGAAAACCCAGCUCUGCGGGCUGGAGAGAUGGCUCAGUGCUUAACAGCACUCGUUGCUCUUGCAGAGGACAGGGAUUCAGGGUCUAGAUUCACAUAGUGGCUUCAACAACUAUCCCUACCCCAGUUCUAAGGGAUCUGACACCGUCUUCUGAACUCCGAGGCACGCACAUGGUGCACACAUACAUACAUGCAGGCAAAACUCUCAGACACAUAAAAUAACCUAAAUAGAACCCAACCCAGCCCUGGUCACUCCUCUCUCUGUUUGGAGAAAUGGCUUUCCUAAGCCCCACCCUCUACCUUCUGAUCCUGUUUCUUACAGUUAUCUUCCUCAUUGCCCUCCUUGUGGCUCUUCAAACACAGUAGCUCUGGGGCCUUUGGAACUAGCAGUGCUCUCUGCCUACAAUGCUGAUCCCCUCAUUUCCCUUAAUUAUCCCUCAAAGUGAGGUCUGCUCCGACCAUUUAAACCUCAAGCUCCCCACGGUGAGAAGCCCACCCUCCAUUUUCGCCUUGUAACAUAUUUACUCCAGGUGAUACUUUGAAUUGAAGAAAAGUUGGUAAACAACAACAAUAACAAACACCCACCGCACCCCACAAAAACCAGCCAGCACAACUCAAAGCAGGGUGUAGGUACUCUUCUCUUUCUCUACAUUGUGAGGUCAGGGAGGGAACCUCAGAGCUGACCUAAAUGUCAAGGAGUUCUGAGGCUAGUGAUGGGGGUUGGGUGAGAAGGAAGGGCUCUCUGGGCUUCAGGAACUGCAGAGAAGAGGUUGAGGUGGGAACCCACAAGCUCCUGGGCAGGCGUUUGAAUGCAUUUGCCCUCGGCUUCUGGGAGUCCUGCCUGCCUUGGGCUAUCCUGCAGUCUUCCCUUAAGCGUUUGGAUGGACAAACUCCAGGUAGAUCUUUGGGACCACAAGUGAACUGCAGACCCUCACUGGCAGUUUUUUGAUAUCCAGUUUUUUUGUGUGUGUGGCCCUUUGAUGACCCUUAAAAAGAACAGCAAGGAAGAUUAGUGUCCUUCACAGAUGAAGUCUGAGAGCUGCAAGGACACAGUAGCAGCCACAGGACUGGGCUGGAGGUCUUCUGAGCUUGGGGCCUUUCCUCCAGGUGCUACCAUCUCUACCUCAGCAUUCUUGUGGACGCCAUGAAGCUGAACAAGAGGAGCAUGACCCACUAUGCUCUGAGUGAUUCUCCAGCAGAUCACACCGGCUUCCUUCGUACUUGGGGGGGACCAGGGACAGCACCUACUUCCAGUGGUGCUGGCCGAAGAUAUUGGUUUGUGCUCAAGGGCAACCUGCUAUUCUCUUUUGAGAACAGAGAAAGCCGGACCCCUCUGAGCCUAGUGGUAUUGGAGGGCUGCACGGUGGAGCUGGCCGAAGCUCCUGUGCCUGAGGAGUUUGCCUUCGCCAUUCGCUUUGAUGCCCCUGGAGUGCACCCACACCUGCUGGCAGCAGAUGGGCAGGUUGCCCAGGAGGCCUGGGUAAAGGCACUAUCCCGAGCCAGCUUUGGCUACAUGAGACUCGUAGUCCGAGAACUGGAGAGCCAGUUGCAGGAUGCCCGUGAGAGCCUGGCCUUGCAUCGCUGUGUGUCCCAGAAGUCUGUUGCCAGCUGCAGUAAGCCUCGGACUGCUGACCGCUCAGCUCCAGGCCCUGAGAAUGGUUACUUUUUCCCUAGGGACCGAAAUCCCAAUGGGUCUGUGGAAGAAAGGGGAAGCAGGCCCAUGGGUCGGGAUUUGACUGAAUGGGAGUUGCAGGGCCCUGCCAGCCUCCUCCUAAGCAAGGGACAGAGCCCCGUGUCCCCUGAGACCUCCUGUUUCUCUACCCUGCAUGACUGGUAUGGGAAGGAGAUCAUGGAGCUAAGGCGAGGAUGGCAGCAGAGGGCCAAGGGGAGCCAGCCAGAGAGCAAGCAACAGGAUAGGCCCUGAUUCCCGGCCCUUUGCACUGUGACCCUGACCUGCUGGUCAGGAUGCCAGGGUCAGUACUUCAGGAGUUAAAUGUUUACUCAUUUCCCAGAUUGCUGUGUGUGUGUGUGUGUCCCCCUCCUGCUCUGUAGACUUUCUCCAACUUGCAAUCCUCCCCUCUGCCUGGAGUGAACUGAGGAAUCAUGACUUCCAACCUGUUUCCUGAGGCCUAGAAAGGCCAGGUGGCUGAUGGGAACAUAAUGUAAUGCAGGAAGGGGCUGUGCCCCCACCCCUGCAGGACACUUUAGCUGUAAUGUCCAACAUAAGAAGUCUUGGGCAUCUGAAUACCAGCGGUGCCAGCAGAAGUGGCUUGAGGACUGACAUCGACAUGGUUUGUGCAGGGCUCUCUGUAGGAGAGGCUCUCCCGGUGCUAAGGGGGAUUUUUUUUCUCCCCAGCCACCUUGUCAAUGCCCAGUGCUGGACAUGGCCCUGGGAGAGGCAGGCAGCCUUUAUCUAGGAGCAGCCCUUCCUGAUCUGCUGUCCACGGACACUCCUAGGGACCCUGUCUCCAAGCCUUGUUUCCCAAGGCUUGUCUGUCAAGAACCCUCGUGGCUACUUUCUCCUGUAUCAUUGCCAAGUAUUGUUUUCUUCUAAGAGGACAAAUGGCUGGGUCUUAUAGAGCCAGAAGCCAGGCCCUUCCGUCCCUUUAUGUAUGUGUGGUGACAGUGACUGUGGGAAAAUGUGGGGCUUGAUAGAGCUAUACCUCUUUCCCAAACAAAACCUGCCUCUGCAUGACCACCCUGCUUUCCCUGUCUGGGGACUUGGGGCAACCUGACCCAAAUCCACCCAGGCCUAAAGGCCAGUCUUUGGCCUCCAGGAGACUUGAGUUUCAUGGUCUCCUUGGCCAGGUCCAGGUCCUGUGAUGCCAGGCAUGGUUCUCAGCCUGCACAUAGCAUCAUAGCCAACUGCCCUUGAUUGUACACACAAGUACUAAGCCUUUGCUAACUUUGUUGUUAGUGUUCUUCAGUUUGGUUUUUGGAGACCAGGUCUCACUUUGUAGCCCAUGCAGGCCUGGAACUCAUUCUUAGCUUUGCAAGCACUGGGAAUAGUUAUGAACCACCACACCCUGUUUGGUUUUGUUUGUUUUGUAGAAGUCGGUUCUCCGGUUCUCCGAGAACCGGAAGGCCUGCCCACCCAGCUCCUCAUACUAGCACUUCUGGCUUUAGGUUUUGUAUUGUUUUCUUAUAAUCAGAACAGUAAAGUUUGCAGGGUGUGGUAGCAAAGGAGGUAGAGGAGGAUCAGGAGUUCAAGGCCAUCCAAGGUUUUUGACUAGGCUGGGCUACACGUGAGACCCUUUCAGAAAAUUAUUCAUUUUGGUUAUUAUAACCCGUGUUUACAAAUGAAGAGUCAGGAGUCAGAGCUUCGAAGCCGGUGCCCGAGCCUAGGGACGGAGUGAGUCCGGGAACCUGUUUUGCUGGUGCAACCUCCACCAGUACAGUUCUGCUCUUGCUUGUUCCCUCGCCCUAUGGGAAGCCUGCUGCUCACUGCACCUGUUGUUCGAGUGUUCACAGACGCUAUGGGCUCUUGUUAACUUUUUAUUGUUAAAGUUCCUUUUUAUAAAUUCAAAUACCAAGUAAAGUUUUUCAUUACACAUUUCGGUUCCUUAAAUUAAUACAAGUCUUUCAGAGGCCAAGGUCACUAACACCUUUGCAGAGGGAGCUCCAA